GAAUAAGCAAAGCCAGAAGAAGAUGCCCAGGAACAAGUCGUUCUCAUGAAUUAAUCAGAGGAGUAGUAAUAGGUCUAGAGUGAGGUCAAGGAAACGAAGUGAGAAAUGGUCCGAAAUUGGGACUGAACAGGACCUCUCAGCUAUAAUUAGUUCAGCCCCAGAUUUCCUACUUCAAAAGCUUAAAUAGGUUAUCGAAGUCUUCAAAUGAGUAUAAAAGAAAGCAGUCAAAGACUAAUAGGAAUACUUCUAGAACGAGUAUUAAUACCUCCACAAUUCAAAAUCCGAAAAUAUCACUUAAAAAAGAAAAUGUACUGCUGAAAAAGGAUGUGAAGGAGCUGUUAAAUAUAAACCAAAGUCUACAAAAAGAAAUCCUAAAUCUCCGUAAAAACCAGAAAUUAUCAGAGAUGAGAAUUUACGAGUUAUGCAGAACACAGAUUCAUAGCCUGAAAUCACAGUUAAAAUAACUGUGAUAAAGAACUACAUGCGAAAGAGCUAAAAUACUCUAAAAUUCGGAAAGAAUAUUCACAACUAGAAGCAGAGCUAAUUGCGUAUAAAUCUCAAUGCCACAAAGACAAGUAUCUCUGCAACGACAAGGUGGCUAAGCUUGUGAAGCAGAAUAAAAUUUUGCUGAAGACAAUCCAGGAGCUAAAGCAGGAAGGUCACUACAUUAAGGAGAACCAAUACAAUAAAAAUGAUCAUAAUGUCUCUAAUAAAGAAAAUAAAAAUGAGAUCUUUAGCUACCAAAAAGAAAUCAAGAAAUUACAAUACGAAGUAGAUCUCUUGAAGAAAAACUACAACUCUUCUAGUCAUGACAAGCUCUUUGGUGGAGAUCUAAAACAGGUGGAUCAAAGUUGGGGGAAUCAGAACAUUUCUAAAAGCUUUGACAAGAGACAGAAGAGUUACAGCCAAUGUCCCACUCCUUUUAGUAAAAGAGACCUUAAUUUGCAUAAUAAUCAUUCCAUUUUCAAUAAUGAUAUGAUGCUGGAACAGAUGGUGGAGUCGCCUGAUUUUAAGGAGAAUAAGAUAAUCGAAUCGAGUAAUUUAGGCAGGAAAUACUCGGCUAGAUCAGAGCUCAAUAACUUCAUUUCAAAUCAUCGCUAG